CUUCAAUGACCUUGAAAUCGGGUUGACUGUACAAAUGAGUGAUACGACCGUUAAUUUACAAUUGAAGUAUAAUGGUCAGCCGAUUAUCAUUGACUGUUUAUCUCGUGAGCACAAUGUUUCUGACCUUAAGGAAGAAUUGUUCAAGUUAACUAGGGUUUUACCGAAGAAUCAGAAAAUUCUAGGUCUCCGGACAACAAACAACGAUCCUGUUGUCGACUCAACAACAUUAUCAUGUCUUGUUUUGAAACCCGGGACCAAGUUAAUGCUUAUAGGAUCUACCCAGGAGGAAAUCCUUAAGGUUAAUAGUACGGAAGAUAGUCCUGAUGUUGUUGAUGAUUUCGAUUUCAAAGAAGAAGACAUACAACUGUGUAACGUGUAACUUCGGUGAAUUUAAAAUAAAUUUGUAGUACAGAAAACAUAGAGAAAGUUGCAAGACGCUGUAAAGCCUACCGUCCACGAAAAUUGUCUGAAUUCAGAGAUGGUAAGAAGUUGCUUGUUCUGGAUAUAGAUUACACAAUCUUUGAUCAUCUUACACCAGCUGAAUCAGUGCAUCAAUUGGCUCGUCCUCAUUUAAUAGAAUUCUUAACACGUGCAUAUGUUCAUUAUGAUAUCGCAAUAUGGUCUGCUACGAGUAUGACAUGGAUCCUGGCAAAAUUAGGUCAGUUAGGUAUUAUACCAUUGCAUGUAGCCAAAACAUUUCAACAUCGAAAUAAUAUGACUGGCAGCACAAGUUCUACAAAUGACGAUUCAGUGCCCUCGGAAGAUUUAAAUCCAAGUGAUGAUCAGUACAAUAAAUCGUUCCGAAUAGCUUUAAUUCUCGAUUCCUCGGAUAUGAUUAGUGUUAAAUUUACUGAACAUGGUAUCAAAGAAGUUAAACCCUUAGCUGUUAUAUGGAAUAAUCACCCUCAAUGGGGACCGCAUAACACAAUUAUGUUUGAUGAUGUCCGUAGGAAUUUUAUCAUGAAUCCACAGAGUGGAUUAAGGAUUCGUUCAUAUCGUGAUGCUCAUGUGAAUUGUUCGCGCGAUCAUGAAUUAUUACGUUUGAUCAAGUAUUUAGAAUUAAUUGCUUUAAAUGAACAAGAUUUCACUCAAUUAAAUCAUAAUCAUUGGGAUCGUUAUGUACAUAAACAUCGAAAACAAUGGGAAGCAUUAAAAAUUAAACGAAAAAAACAAUCGAAACUUUGUCGAGACAAUGAAACAAGAAAUAAUCAACCAUUUGUUGUACAGUCAUCUACUUCAUCCUCAUCUCAAUCGUCCAUUUAUGCAUCUACAAUUAAUAGUAAUAACGUUGUUUCUGUUCCAGUCAUUUCUUCGUCAUGUACAGUACAUGAACCAAUGGAAGUUUCAUCAAGUUCUUUGUCUUCUAGUCCUAACAAUACUACUACUAAUAACACUACUACUAGUUCAUUUACUAGUGGUCAAAAACGUGUACAUGACAAAAAUCCUGAUGAUAACAAUCACUGUGUUGAUACAAAUCAAACAUAUAAUAUGAUUAAAGAUAAUCUAAAUAAAGGAGAUGAGGAUCAAUAGUUCUCAAAGAGAAUACUAAUAUAAUAUGAACAGAAAAUUCAGUCUGUUUAUUCUUAUAUUCUCUAUAAUGGAGGGUAACUUUUCCCAUAUUAUGGUGAUGAUGAUCACAUGUUUUCAGUUACCUGCUUACUUCAAGUAAACAAAACAAAGAAAACAUAUAAAUUUGGAUUUUUUUCCCGUUAACUGUAAUUAUCACUUACGCAUGUAUCAUACAUUUAUAUUUAUUAGUUAAUCUUAUGGGAUGUUCAAUUGUUCAUUGUUGGUUUGGGUAAACUAGGUCUACAUAUAACCCCGCCUGGGGCCCCCCUGGGGCUACUGCCAGUUUCAAGCCCGGACAAAGGAGGAUGGUUGGGCAUGGGAUUAACGACCAUAUCCCAUAGAAAACUAACUCGCUAAAGAAGUGCUAACCAGAAAAAAUAAUUCAAAACACUUAAACUCUAUCCUGGGAGUUAGGAGGUCUUCACUUAGAAGUGCUAUGACGCCUCAUGGUGAAAGCCGGGUUCCUUCGGAAGUCACGAGUUCUGACAACCAGAGCAAUCAUUAAUUCAGGCACGUAGAAUACUCUUACGAUGUGGGGGACCGGGAGAGUCUUCCAAAUUGCUGCUGCAGGUCUACAUAUCUUUUCACAUUUUACUUAUGUGUCACUGGUCGGUUUAAAAUAAGAGUUUUAAGCAAAAAAGGGAAGCUUUUUGUAGAGGAAUGAUCUCUUUGCUGUGUUAUUUUUGUUAGAUAAUUAGUGUAUGUAUUAUAAUGAAAGGAAUUUUAUGCAAGAAUUGUAUUGAUUAUGAGAUAUACGAUCAAACACUUGACUUGAUUGUGGUCAAACGAUGGCAAUUGUCCAAUAAUUCUGAGUUAUUGAUACAAAACUCCGUAGUUCAAUGAAAGAAUUUCAAAAGACCAUAACUAGUCAUCAAAGUAUGAGCCAUUCUAUACAAUAAAGUACUACGACACCAAAUAUUUUAUAUGAAAUAAGGUUGGUGAGAUUUAUUUGACUUUUAAGUGACUAUUGGACUGUCAGGUACUGUAGAUCAUUCACCAACUUAUGAAAUUAAGACACGACAGGUUUACUUGUCACCUAUUACACUGUGAUGAUGCGUCCAACUAUGAGAUGGCACUCAUCUGUUAACUUAUUAUGAGCACAUUCGAUGAUAUAUGUCAGUUGUGACCCGCUU